UCCAAGUACCACUGCACUAAAAGGCACCUGGCCCUUUAAAAACUGGAGCUUGGCUUCGGUGCGUGAGCUUAUGCGUGUGAGCGUGAGUUCCUGGCUGCCUGGGAGGAGCAUUCAAUGCCGGGGAGGGCAUUGAAGGGAAGCCAGGUGGCAGAAGUCUUGAAAUUGCUCUGAAGGUGAGGACAUCCCCUCCCCCACCGCCGCCAGCCACCCACAUUGUCCUCAUCAGCUCCUCCCCACCAGUGCCUCCACUUGCAUCGCCUGGCCUGAGUCAGCCUCCUGCUUCACAGGGUGUAAAUGGCUGAUAAGCAGAUCAGCCUGCCGGCCAAGCUCAUCAAUGGUGGCAUCGCUGGGCUAAUCGGGGUCACCUGCGUGUUCCCCAUCGACCUGGCUAAGACACGGCUGCAGAACCAGCAGAAUGGGCAGCGCAUGUAUGCCAGCAUGUCUGACUGCCUCAUCAAGACCAUCCGCUCUGAGGGUUACUUCGGCAUGUACAGGGGAGCAGCCGUAAACCUGACCCUGGUCACCCCCGAGAAGGCCAUCAAGCUGGCAGCUAAUGACUUCUUCAGACAUCAGCUCUCUAAGGAUGGACAGAAGCUGACCUUGCCUAAGGAGAUGUUGGCCGGCUGUGGGGCCGGCACCUGCCAGGUGAUUGUGACCACCCCCAUGGAGAUGCUGAAGAUCCAGUUGCAAGAUGCAGGCCGCAUUGCUGCUCAGAGGAAGACUCUGGCUGCCCAGGCUCAGCUCUCGGCUCAGGGAGGUGCCCAGCCCUCAGUAGAAGCUCCCGCCGCUCCUCGGCCCACGGCCACCCAGCUGACCCGUAACCUGCUGCGGAACCAUGGCAUUGCUGGCCUCUACAAGGGUCUAGGGGCCACGCUGCUCAGGGAUGUCCCCUUCUCCAUUGCCUACUUCCCUUUGUUUGCCAACCUCAACCAGCUGGGCCGCCCAUCUUCUGAAGAGAAGUCACCUUUCUACGUGUCCUUCCUGGCAGGCUGUGUGGCUGGGAGUGCAGCUGCCGUGGCGGUCAACCCCUGUGAUGUGGUGAAGACUCGGCUUCAGUCACUUGAGCGAGGUGUCAAUGAGGACACUUACUCCGGGUUUCUGGACUGUGCCAGAAAGAUCUGGAGACAUGAGGGUCCCUCAGCCUUCCUGAAAGGUGCAUACUGCCGUGCACUGGUCAUCGCCCCGCUGUUUGGCAUCGCCCAGGUGGUCUACUUUCUGGGCAUCGCUGAGUCCCUGUUGGGCCUGCUACAAGAACCCCAGGCCUGAGCCCAUGGCUGCUUCUCCCCAGCCUGUGGGCUGGGACCAGAACAGGGUGACCAGCAUAAGCCUGAGGAGGAAUGGCCUCUCCCCAGUCCUCCCCAUCAAACAGGAAGGCAAGGGGAGGGUGCAGGGUCCACAUGGGUGGUACACACAUAGGCCCCCAUGGGGUCCUGAAAGGAAAGAAAAUUGGGAUCAAGGUCUUAUUUAUGUAGAAAAUGCAGAACUCUGUACAUUCCUCAAGCCAGUCCUGUCGAGCCAGUCUUGUCCCAUCCCUGUACCUCAACCCAGUUCCAUCUGGCCUGAACACCCCCUGAGACAGAGCUGGUCUCUGGGCUGGGGCCCCCAGGCCUGGUCUGGGCAGGCAGAUUCUACCCCGUAGUCCACUGGCUCUGGGCUCUGAGGCUUUCCUGGUCUACAAAGGGGACCCCCGCCACAACACACGAAAUUAUUUAUUGAAUUUGCUGUGCCCGUGUGGCUCUUCCUGUUCUCCGUCCAUCAGUCUUUUUGCCCCUGCUGCUCUUUCCCCCUCAUCCAGGACCCCACUCUGCCUCCUCAGCCAGCCUUACAGGAGGUUUGGAGUGUCCUAAUCAAGUCAAGCUAGGAUCCCUAGG